AUGAAGCACGAUUUCUCCCGCUGCUGCUCAUCCCUGAUCCCUAGCAGGGAAACUGCUCGUUUCUACCUGCUCUGUUUGCUCAUUGCUCUUUACAUGCUGGCUGGCGCUGCCAUAUUUUCUUCCUUGGAGAGACCAGUGGAGCUAAAGGCCCACCAGCUCUGGGAAAGGAGGCUAAGAGACUUCAGUCAUGAGCAUAACAUAAGUUGUGAAGACCUGAAAUCUCUGUUGCGCUACUAUGAGGAGGCUAGGACUGCAGGCAUCCGGGCAGAUCGAGGCAGAGCCCUAUGGGACAUUCCAGGAGCAUUUUACUUCGUGGGAACUGUAGUCUCCACCAUUGGGUUUGGAGUGACGGCCCCAUCCACUGUGACUGGGAAGGUCUUGCUUGUUUUCUAUGGGUUGCUGGGCUGCUCUGCGACCAUACUCUUCUUUAACCUCUUUCUGGAGAGAGUCAUAACAUUACUGAGCUUCCUGAUAUUCUGGUGCCACAGAGGGAGACCUGGACACAGCGGAUUGGAAGGCCAAACCGGUGAAGAAAACAGGAAUGAAGAGUGGAAACCAUCUGUGUAUCAAGUCACACUCAUCCUCUUUUUUGCCGUCCUGUUGGUUGCAUGCGGGGCUGCCUUUCUCUAUUCAGCCAUGGAGGGCUGGACUUACAUGGAGUCCCUCUACUUCUGCUUCGUGGCAUUCAGCACAGUGGGCUUCGGGGACUUUGUUAGUGGACAGAGAGAGCACCAUGAGGACACCUGGGCGUACCAGGUUGCAAACUGUCUCCUGAUGCUCUUGGGGGUGUGCUGCACUUAUUCCCUCUUCAACACCAUCUCUGUUAUCAUCAAACAGGGACUGAACUGGAUGCUUACGACACUGGCCUGGAUCGUCCUGAAGGAAGGAGACCAAACUCCCUAUGAAGUCAGUGAUCAGAGCAGUUAA